AUGUCAAGCAGAAAGAUCAGGAAUAAUCAAGACCAACAAUCUUACUCCCACCGUGUCUUUAGUGUGGAUGACGAUCCAAGAGAAGUUCAAGAUGAUAUUCGGUAUCUAGAAUCCUUACAAGAUGGCGCUAGAUAUCCGUUCAAGACCAAAUCCUCCAAAAAUUCCCUCAAUAUAGCAACUUCAAACACUUUUAGUCCCAUACCAGAUGAUGAAAAUUUAAUUCAUACAAAUGCUAACGAAGUCAUCAAUGCUCCAUCAAACCCAGAUUUGAAAAAUUCAAUUAAGAAUACAAUAUCACCCAUGCAAUCAAGACCGAAUUUAAAAAUACAUCCUUCAGGUAAUAGGAGCUCUUCAAAAGUUCCGGUUAUUUCCACGCCAGACUUCAUUCAGGCUGAGUUGCCAUCAUCACCGGCUGAAUGUGAUCGGUUCCUCACUCACAAUGGAUCACCACGCCUUAAUUCCAACAAUGAAUUGCUCCUUGGAGAACUGAAUCCUGAAGAUACCCGUUUUAGUGUCGAUAAUGAUUUAGAAAAUGAGCCUGAUAAUGCAUCUACUACUUCAUCGCUGGCAUCGUAUACUUUGAGAGUGAGACAAGAUGCUAUAAACAAGACACACCCGUUUGGUAUAAGAAUCUGGAAGCCUGCCUUGUAUAAGAAACAAAGAUCCGUUCAAAAAGCCGCUGCAGAAGAUAUUCAUGAAACUAAAUUGAAAACAAUAACACCGUUGGUGCAUAUCAGUAACGUUAUUUGGGCCAUGACAUGCGGUGUAUUGCUCUACGUCCUAUUUGCUGCUGCAGGUUCUCUUGUUGUUGUGUUAGGGUUGUUUACCAAGUCUUCAAGAGAAUAUUCAAUCGUAUUUUUGAGAAUGGCUAAAUAUUUGCUAUGGCCUUUUGGGAAAGUAGUCUUUUUAAACUCUGACGAGCACUAUUUACAGGAAGAUAAGGACGAGGGUAUAACAGUACAGCAGUUCUAUAAGUGGGUUACCUCGUAUAGUAACAGAUUAUUCUUCCAUCAAUCUCAGACCCUCAUACCCGACUCGCCAAAUAGCAAUAAUGGCUUGCAUCAUCCAUCAUAUGGAUCAAUUCAGGAAUAUAUGACAAAUCAGGAAAGAACGAACUUUGCUGGCAAUUCUUCGGAACAACAGGAGUCAGGUUUUCAGCAAAGACGUUACUUUGGGAGAGGUGAAUGGACUAUAGGAAGAUUCUUAUUUUAUAUCCUUUUCCACUUGAUUGUAGAGCCAUUAGUUCUACUAUUGGCGCUACUGACUUGGUUAAUUGUUUUCACCAUUCCAAUGAGUAACAUACUGUGGAAUCUAAUGUAUCAUUGUAGGAGACAUCCCCUAGCUUUGGGUUUUAAGCACAUCAGAAAUACAAACAAAAACAAAAAUAUUUCAUCCUCUAUUAAUAACACAGGAGACCUUUCUUGUAAUAAUAAAAUAACCACAAUUACAAGCGACACUGACGAUACUGAUGAUACUAGGAAUAUAUUAUUGUGUACAUUCCGUGCUGCAGGUUGGCACUACUACAAAUUCACUGUUGAUGGUACAAACGUUAUCGUGGUAAAUCUAAUAUUACUGGUGUUUUUCACGAUCCUUGAUUUCUAUCUGUUGAAGCAUUUCUGGGGCAUUGAUGUUUGGUUCACCAAUGAAUCGACUAUUUUCAUUCUGUGUUUGGCGUCAAUUGUUCCUUUGGCCUUUUACAUUGGACAAGCCGUAGCAUCCAUCUCUGCACAGACUUCAAUGGGUCUUGGUGCUGCCAUCAAUGCAUUUUUUUCGACUGUUGUAGAAGUUUUCCUUUAUUGUGUGGCCUUAAAGCAAAGUAAAGGCCUUCUAGUAGAGGGCUCUAUGAUUGGUUCUAUAUUGGGCGCAGUAUUGCUUUUACCUGGUUUAUCUAUGUGUGGUGGUGCUUUGUACAGGAAAACUCAAAGAUAUAACCCAGCAAGUGCUGGUGUUAAUUCUGCAUUACUAAUCUUCUCUAUGAUCGUUAUGUUUGUCCCAACAACAAUUUACGAAAUUCAUGGGGACUAUAAAGUGGUUUGUGGGGAUGAACAAACGGUAAAUUCGGUCAAUAUAAGUACAGUUUUCAAGACAUUGUCGAGUCAAGAAUGUUCAUUUACUCGCCCCCCAUUAACGCAUAAUAAAUUGUUCACAAAUAUAAUCCAGCCUAUGUCCGUAUCUUGCGCUGUUGUCCUUUUUAUGGCAUAUGCCAUCGGAUUGUGGUUCACUUUGAGGACGCAUGCAAAGAUGAUCUGGCAGCUGCCGUUAAUUGAACAGCCAAAGGAAUCAGUUAUGACUGUAGAAGAUAAUUCACUAGAUUUACAUCCAAUAAGUACACAUGUGAAUGGUGUCACUGUAAAUGAGGAAGAUGAUAGUAAUGGUGGUCAUGAUGCACCAAACUGGUCAAGGGCGAAAUCCACUCAAAUAUUGCUGUUGGCAACGCUACUCUAUGCUGUGAUUGCCGAAAUUUUGGUUUCUUGUGUAGAUUCUGUGCUGGAAGAUAUACCAUCAAUAAAGCCAAAAUUUUUAGGGUUAACUAUCUUUGCAUUAGUCCCAAAUACUACUGAAUUUUUGAAUGCCAUUUCCUUUGCUAUGCAUGGUAAUGUUGCAUUGUCCAUGGAAAUUGGCUCUGCUUAUGCUCUUCAAGUAUGUUUAUUACAACUUCCGGCUUUAGUCCUAUUUUCCAUAUUUUACACUUGGAAUAUGAUACCAGAAAAUAUUGAUAUUAGAAUGCAAAUGUUCCCGUUAGUUUUCCCCAGAUGGGAUCUAAUUGCAACAGUUUCGAGCAUUUUCAUUUUCACGUAUCUUUAUGCAGAAGGAAAAUCAAAUUACUUCAAAGGUUCUGUUUUGAUAUUAAUGUAUUUUAUUUUAAUUCUGGGAUUCUUUUUACAAGACGUCAUGGAAUAA